GUAAGCUAUGCAGGCUCUACUGUGUAUACUGUGUAUUCAUAAUAACAGCCCAGGUCGUAGAUCAGAAUCAUCGCGUUAUGGAUUGGUGGAUCAAUGCAGUAAUCGCCGAGAUUGGCGGUUGUCGUGACCUUAUUGAACACAUUACUACGCAAUGGCAUACACUCUUACAAAGUCGAUCAACAACAACAACAACACUCGAUUCCACCACCUUAUCCUUAUUGCCACGAUCGAAAGGCAUUUUGUUGCAUGGCAAACCCGGCACGGGUAAAACUGCCAUGGCAAUGGCCAUUGCAAAAUACUCUAAAAUACCAUACCACGUGGUGAACGGACCUGACAUCUUUAUGAGUGAACAGGGCGCAAGUGAAUCCAAAUUAUUGCGCGUAUUCAAUGACAUAAGACAGAACAGUAUUGUUAUUGUGGAUGAGAUCGACUUGCUGGCUGGAUCAUUGAAAGGCAAAAAGGGCGACUUGGAUGUUCGGAUAGCGUCUACUUUGUUAUCCAUUCUGGAUCGGCUGAAUCAGCAUCCACUUUGUCCUUUUAUUUACAUUAUUGGGUUGACUAGUCGAUUACAUGCGAUGGAUGGCAGUUUUCUUCGCGCUGGCCGGCUUGAUGACGUCCACGAGGUGGUCAUUAAAACGUCCCAGGCACGACGUGAAAUUCUGGAAAUCAUGGCACAACGAAUACCGUUUGCAUCGGACACGGAUCGGAGCCUAGUGCUCGGACAAGUUGCUCAAGUAACACAUGGAUUUGUCCCGAGCGAUCUGCAAAGCCUGUGCACGCAGGUCGUGUUACAACUGAUUCAUCAAAAAGUCAAUGUUGCUUCCUCGGAGCAUUUUGAAAAUGCUCUCAGGGUUGUACGACCCUCAAAUAUGAGCGAAUAUGCUUCCAAGAUACCCCGCGUUCGCUUUGCCGACUUAUUUGGCGUCGAAUCGAUCAUUCAAGAAAUAAAAACAUCAGUGAUUUACCCGUUCCAUAAUCCAGACAAAUACACUGCCUUGGGCAUUGCACCACCGCGAGGCAUCAUGGUCUAUGGCCCUCCAGGGUGUGGCAAAACCAUGUUGUGUUGCGCUCUAGCGUCAGAGACAGGUGUCAAUUUCAUGUUUGUCGAGAGCUCUCAAGUACGAUCCAAAGUCGUAGGUGAAUCUGAGAGCAAUCUCGCCAAACUGUUUGCGCAUGCAAGAGCCAAUGCACCGUGUAUUCUAUUUAUUGACCAAAUCGACAUGUUGUUGCCAAAGCGAGGAACAAGUUCCAGUUCAGAAAACACAAGCGAUCGUAUUGUUACAUCCUUUUUGACAGCAAUGGAUGGAUUAUUGACCAAAAGUAACACGAACAAUGUACAAAUCGAUGUACUCGUGGUUGGAGCUACGAAUCGGAUUGAGGCAAUUGAUCCAGCUGUCCUGCGCCCUGGUCGUUUCGAUGAACAUAUACACGUCCAACGACCAAACCAAAAGCAACGACUAGCCAUUAUCGAAGGUCUCUGUGCGAAAAUGCCAACUGUUUUAACCGAGGAGGAACGAAUUCAUUUAGCCACGGAAACAGAUCGAUGGACAGGUGCCUCUUUGGAUAAUUUGUUUCGGGAAGCUGCCAUGGUUAGUUUGCGUGAAAGUGUUCAAAGUAGCCAGAUUACAUCAGCACAUAUACAGAAAGCACGGGAUUCUGUACAAAGCCUGGUUUCAUAAAGUUAACAAUCCCUUUUUAAUCAACCGAACACUAUCGAGCUACCUCUGUAUGCGUGGACGUUAAAGCCACCACAGCUAUCGUUCAUAAACUGUUUAUUAUUAAUGGAUUAGAAUUAUCUGCUAAAUUGUCUAUGGUCUAUUAUAUUGUUGUUGUACCGCACACUAUGUAAGCUUGUCUCUUUUGCAUGCUCUAUGGUAAUA